AUGGCGUCGGCUUUCAGAACGUUCGCUAUUGCAGGAUCGGGCAGCAUUGGCCAUGACAUAGCUGAAGAACUACUCAAUCUCCGUCGAGAAGGCAUGGUGCACUCUGUGUCUAUAUUGACCCGCUCUGAGCCGACUGCGGCUGCUCCUGUCCACAAACUAGUGAGCGAAGGCGCACAGAUACAUAUCAUCGACUACCAAUCCCCAUCUACCAUCGGACGUGCCUUGCAAGGUAUCGACGUACUCAUCUCAAACGUGGCGAGGGGAGUUUUGGAAGCGCAGGAAAUUUUAUGCUUAGAAGCACGCGAGGCGGGAGUUAAGCUGUUCGUGCCGAGCGAGUGGGGUCCGCGAAGCAAUGAGACUACGGACGAUAUAUUCGCGGUCAAGGAGAAGGUGAGGCAGAAGGCGAUGGAGAUGGACCUGAGUUAUGCUGUAUUCUACACGGGAUUCUGGACAGAUUUCAUUUUCGAGCAAUGCGUUCUACGUGACUGGUUCCGUAUGGACUUUGUCCAAAACAAGAUAGAAAUCGGUGAGAACUGGGACACGCAGAUAUCGUUCACCACUCGCCGGGAUAUUGCGCGCUUUGUGGCGCACGUACUGUGCCAUUCUCCUUCCGAGGAGAGACGCAAGAUGAUGCUAUCGGAUAUGGACGUAUCGUUCUACACCCAUGCGGACCUGGACAGAAUCAUUGCGACCCAGGAUCGAGCUGUUCCAAGCAGGCUCCUGAGGGCGGCAGCGAAGGGCGAGUUCUGCGUGGCGGUCGACAGCCACAAGGUUGAUAACUGUAUCUGGCCAAGCUGGAAUCCAGAGAGAGCGAUAGACGUUAUGAUGCGGAUGUAUGAGCGUAGAGGCAAUCGGUCUGUGGAGAAGGUGCUCAAGACCUCUAGCGACGGUGCUUAG